AUGAAGUGCGCCAUUUGGUUUGCGGCCCUUCUGUGCCUGGUGGGGUGGGCAGGAGCUUCUAACGACGCGAUUGGUGAUGUCGCUAGGGACGCCGCUAAGGAUGAGGCUAACCACGCCGCUACGGAUGAGGCUGAACAGGGGGAGGUCCUCCCGGGCGUCGACUCGGAGGUCCUCACAAAUUUCGCGAACCCCAACGAGCUGUACGACCUUUUAGCAAAGGAGGAAGAGGAAGUCGAGAAGGCUGCUCAAGAUGGAGGUCGCCUGGAGGGGACGCCAAAGUUGAAGCGAAGGUGGGGACAGACUCCACAGGGGUUGCGUAAACUGGCCCGCGUGAACAGAGACACCUUCCUAACUUUAUACGAGUCUGCACUGAGCCACUUUGACGUGGAUGGGUACAGCGUCUUCAUGCAGGAGGUACUUGCUCAGAGGAGGAGUAACGAGAAAGCAGGGGAAGGGAAGCGGGGGAGAAAGAACAGUAGGAAGUCUCACCCACAUUGUGAUCGCGGGGGGAGAAGCGGUGCAGGACGUGACGGUGCAGGACGUGACGGUGUAGCACGUGACGGUGUGAUGAAGGGAAGUGGAUGGACCACCAACAAUAUUGAAUACCCUGGAGGAGCGAUUCGAUCGGCUUAUGGAAGCAAUUUGAGCAAGUGGAUGAAGGACUCGCUGGAAGAUAUAGAAUCUCCUGCAUCUAUUAAAGAACCCGGGUUAGCUAACAUGUUAAUACAAAGUCUAACAAUGGUGAAAGGACUCAUUCAAUCAGUAGCUAGCUCAGUAGUUGACAUUGUACCUCCUUUAAUACCUCCACCUGUAUGGAUCAACAGACCUCUUCCUUGUCUCCCCAUGGUAACAGGAAAAAAUUGUCUCGGUUCCAUCCUCUACCCAAUAACAGCUGCCGAGUUUGUAACAGCUGAUAUUACAGAUUCUACUAUGAAUGGAAUCAUUUCGAGCUUUCCUGCUAAGUAUGCUUCAAAGGUCGGGAAAACUUCAGAUGCACAAUAUAGGUUAUGUGCCAUGGCUUACCUAGGGAUGUACUGUGCCUCCAUUUUUCCUAUCUGCUGGAUGCCCCUUGGGUUGAAGGUAGCAGAGACCAUGUCUGUUUGUUUUCCUCAGUGCUUGGCUACUCUUAUCGCUUGUCCUGGCUUUUGGGUCGAUGAUAUUGAAGGACCUUGUAGUAAUGCCUCCGUACCUCCCUUCUGUUCAUUCUCUGCUUUCAUUAAUCACAAGAUUGUUCCUCCACAGUUAACCUCAUAUGAUGAUUCACAUGCUUACCCAGCCACUUGUCCCACACAAGACUAUGAAUAUGACUCGACGGAAGAAUUGUAUCAACAUGAACAGGUGGCAAUGGACAGUGUUUACACGAAGAAAAGAAAUUCUUACUCGAAUUCAACUCUUCCAACCUACCCAGACUUGGUUACUAAGCUUUAUCCUGAUGAACCCACUCGAGAAGAAUUUGAUUCAUGUAAAUGUGUUGAGAUGAGUCUUCUAUGUAGGAGGCACUUUGCCAUUCCUGUAUUUGGCAAGCGCCACUCUGUUUUUCACCCCUCACAUGAGGAACCGGUGAAAUUGUCUCCACGCCAAAGUAGGUGCUGCAGGGUGUGCAAGCCCAUUUGGCGGGUCCUCUUUCCACGCCGCUAA